UUCUGUAACCCAAACUCCAGACCACAGAACACCAUCAAUGGCCAUGGCUAUCGGUCGUGAAACCCAUCACCACCACGCAACCAUUGACGCACCUCCCUAAUGAAAUCAUCUUCGACAUUCUCUCGAGACUUCCCGUCAUGUCUCUUUUGCGAUUCGGGUCAGUUUGCAAAUCAUGGCUUUCUUUGAUUUCAAAUUCCCAAUUUGUUAAAACCCAUCUCAGUAAAACAUCUUAUAAGGGUGGUGGUGGUGAUGAUGAUGGUGAUGGUGAUGGUGAUGAUUAUACCCGCCACAUACUUGUUUUGAAUAGUUACAAUAGUCAUACUGGACUGAAGACAACAUCUUAUACUGGACUGAAGACAUGUUCACUAGAAACGCUAGACUCUGUAUUGGAGUAUCAACUAUGGGAGAAUGUGGUUGACCUCAACUAUCCAUUUGAUGACUUUAAUCAGUUUGUUGUUAUUGUGGGUUCCUGUAAUGGGUUGAUGUGUGUUGCUUCUAAUACGAGGGCUUUAUAUCUAUUGAACCCAUCUACUAAGAAAUCUAAGAGAUUGCCAGAUUCGGGAGUUAAGAGGGGGUGGCAUCCUCAAGAUGCAUAUGGGUUUGGUUUUGAUGAGUCUAAUGAUGACUACAAAGUGGUGCUGAUAUUAUAUGAUAGAGGUGGUGGGUUUUCAGCUGACAGCAACGUGAUGGUUUAUACGUUAAGGACAGACUCAUGGAGAAAGAUUGGAGGCCUUUCUUGUGGUAUUCCUUUUGGCGUUUUAGGGAAAUUUUUGAAUGGGUCGAUCCAUUGGGUUGUUUGUGACAAAAGUGGUUCAAGCUGCUCUUAUGUCAUUGUUUCUAUUGAUUUGGAAAAAGAGGCCUAUGGUGAGGUUUUGCCGCCUACUUAUGGUGAUGGUUUUUUCAAUUUGGAAUUGUAUGUUUUAAAAGGAAGCCUUGGUGUGUUGUGUAGAUGUCGAGAAAAUUAUACUGAUGUUUGGAUAAUAAAGGAGUAUGGGAAGAUAGAUCCUUGGACCAAGUUGUUCACACUCCAGGAGGUAGCUGAACCACGGUUUGGUCAAUUCUCAACAACAGUGUGCACUUCAAAUAAUGGCGAACUUUUGAUAUUAUACAGACUGAGGUUUAGUAUAUACAGUCCAAAAAAUGGUACUUUUAGGAAUCCGAUAUUUCAUAACGUGGACCCCUGGCCCUGUCUACAAAUGUGUACCUAUGUUGAGAGCUUAGUCUCACCCAAUGCUGACAAUUUGGUUCAAAGGCAACACCAAUAACAACUCAUGAAGAGAGGUAGUAGAACUUUUGAACUAGAGGCUAUGAGGAAGGCCCUUGGUCGCACUCACAUCUUAGUGGAGCUAUGGUGAUGGGUUGUCCUCCUUUAGGCACUGCUAACUUGCAAGUGUGUCUUGUGAUGACUCUAAUCGGGACAAAUACCCACAACUGAUCAUUCUAUAGUGGGUGGAACCCCGUUAGUCACGCCCAUGGGAAAGCAUUACUGUCACCCCUUCUCCCAAGGGAAAAGUACAGUUUGAUAAUAUUUUUCGCACAUAUUGAAGAGUAAAUGCUCAUAUUGGAUGAGAAAGAAUUUAACGGAGUUUUUCUAACUGCAAUGGGAAUUUCAGCAUGUCGAACACGGCUUAUUGAUCCAUGGCAUGUAACUUGUUUAUGAUCCUCGUUUCAGGCAACGGAAACUUAUUUGUUUGUUUCUAAUUAGUCAGGAAAAUUUAUUGAUCUCC